UGUUGGUGCAUCCUCGCAUGGCCAGUAGUUUUAGGACCAGCCACGAUGGGGCCGCAGUGUCACACAAUGCUGGAGCAGCACAUCUAGGCUGUACAAAGUGCCUGUGCCACAUUGGCCAUGGCACGCUCAGCUCGGAGAGAGGAGCGAAAGGUGCCCUUUGGCGCUGCAUUUGAUGCUUCGGUGGGAAAGUCGUUUCCCAGGAACUUCGUCACGACAUCAAAAUACACUUUGCUAAGUUUCCUUCCCCUGGUGACCUUCGAACAGUUCCAGAAACGGGCCAAUGUGUACUUCACGUUCAUCUGCGUUUUGAUGUACUUGGGAGAGCACACGCCUUUGAUCGACAGCAGCGUUUCGUGGUGGUCUACGGCAGCAGUCUUGAUUCCAAUGAUGGCCAUGAGCAUGGUCAUCUCUGGAUUGGAUGAUGCACGACGUCACCAAGCCGAUCGACAGACCAACAAUCAACGUGCCAGAGCGAUUCGAAUUGGCGGCUCCUAUGGAGUCUUCCUGGACACUGUUCUAUGGAAGGACAUUCUUGUGGGUGAUAUCUUGGUGCUCAAGAGUGAGGAGGAGCUGCCAGCUGACUUAGUUCCGUUGGCCUGUUCCGGCGUCGCGGGGCAAUGUUAUGUCUCCACGGCAAACCUGGACGGUGAGACCAACUUGAAGAUCAAGAGCUGCGUUGGUCUAGCACAAAGCUACCUUUGCAGUGAAGAGAAAGAAGAAGGUCCACCACUUUUGGACCAGGCCAUUGAAUGCCUUCCUGGCAUCAACGGCCUGUUGCACAUUGAGGCUCCUACAAAGUCCAUCAACAAGUUCACAGGAUCAGUGGAACUUCCAAACAGCCAGACAAGCCAAGAAUCCUUGUCUGCGGCCAACUUGCUGCUACGUGGCACACAGCUCCGGAAUACUGCGUGGCUUUUUGGUGUUGUGGUCUACACUGGGCCACACACCCGGAUGGCGAUGAACUCACGGGAGAUCCCCACCAAGCAAGCCAACCUUGAACAGGUCGUCAACAGAGCGAUGCUGGUUGUCUUGGGCGCACAGUCCUUUCUGUCGCUUCUUAGUUCUAUUCUGUACGUGGCAAAUGAAGGUAGGUUCAAGAGCCUGUGGUAUCUAUACCCUCCAGACACCGCGAUCGAAUUAGCUACUGCGACUCGAUUGGUCAUGAAUUGGUUCAAGUUUUUUAUUCUCUACUCCAACCUCAUGCCUAUAUCCUUGUACGCAGCAAUGGAGAUUUGCAACUUUUUUCAGGCAUACUUUGUAAAGAAUGACCUCGCCAUGUACGAUGAAGAUCAGGACUGUCCAGCAGCUGUGCGAUCGACGAACUUGUGUCAUGAACUUGGGCAGAUCAGCUACAUCUUUUCUGACAAGACUGGAACUUUGACACAGAACGUCAUGGAGUUGAAGCGUGUAGCAAUCCUUGGGAAGGUCUUUGGAGAGGUCACUGAAGAGCGUGGCUUUUCAGAGGUGAAAGAGUUGCACUGCUGGUGCCAGGCCAAUGUACAUCAACGUCUUGCAGCGGAUGCUUUCUUAGAGGUCUUGGCUGUGGCGCAUACGGUCAUGAUCGCUACAAACAACAAGGGAGAGCAAUAUUUUGAAGCGGAGAGCCCGGACGAAGGGGCCUUGGUCGAGGGCGCGGAGCAAUUGGGUUGGCGCUUCUGUCAUCGCACUGCAGAGUCCAUUGUGGUGAACGUCCAUGGCCAGAACCAAGUCUACCAGAUCCUCGCGGUGAACAGCUUCAAUUCCACCAGGAAACGCAUGUCCACGGUGGCAAGGGCACCAGAUGGGCGCGUGUGGCUUUGGGUCAAGGGCGCAGAUAACGUGAUGAUCGCUCGUGCAUCGAGUGUGCCGGAGUGGAUCGACCAGAACUUGAGCCAUUUCUCUGAAGAUGGCCUCAGGACCUUAGUCCUGGGCCGGCGUUUGCUGGGACCAGACGAGGCGGAGAGAUGGCUCAAGGACUUUGAUGCAGCACAGUGCAGCUUGGAUGAUCGGGACAGCCGGUUGGAAGAAGUUGCAGAAAAAAUCGAGACGGGCCUGGAGUUGCUAGGCAUUACUGGAAUCGAAGACAAGUUGCAGGUUGGAGUUCCAGAUGCCAUUGAAAAGCUACGGGAGGCUGGAAUUCAGCUCUGGGUCCUGACCGGUGAUAAGUUGGAGACUGCGCGAAAUAUUGGAUUCAGCACCAAGCUCCUCAGUGCUGCGAUGGACAUUGGGGUCUUGACGGGCGAGAAUUUGAAAGCAUCUUUGGAGGAGAUUCGUAUCCAACACGAGAAGGCCAAGGAGAGUAACAUGGACUGCGCUCUAAUGGUUACUGGGGCUGCCUUGGAACAAAUUUCGCACGAGUCGCUUAUGGAGGACUUUUUCGAAAUCUCCCAGGGCUGCAAAGUGGUGGUAGCAUGCCGUGUGUCUCCUUUGCAAAAGUCACAGUUGGUCCGACUUGUACGAGAUUCUGCUCACCCACAACCGGUGACACUGGCCAUUGGAGAUGGAGCAAACGAUGUUCCAAUGAUCCAGGAGGCCCAUGUUGGAGUCGGUGUGUCUGGAAAGGAAGGACGUCAAGCUGUGAAUGCUGCGGACUUUUCGAUAGCACAGUUCAGAUUCUUGGAAAGAUUGCUUGUGGUCCACGGGCGCUGGGACUAUCGACGAACUUGCAAGUUCAUCCUCUACACCUUUUGGAAGAACGCUAUCAUUACCAUGCUGCUCUUCUACUACACCUUCUUCUCCGGCUACUCUGGAACCUGCAUGUUUACAAGCACAGUGUGGACCUCUUUCAGCAUGAUUCUCUUCUGGCCUAUCAUCGCCACUGGCCUCUUUGAUCGGGAUGUCACAGAUGAACAAGCAAUUCGCUUCCCCGCCCUCUACGAGACUGGCCGCCUUGGAUUAGACUUGAAUCUUUCGAAGAUGAUUGAGAUGCUUCUAUCAGCAUUUGUGCAUUCCUUGGUAAUCAUGACAGUUGCCGUGGUCAGCGUUGGUGAUCUUGACAUUGGUGCUACUGGAUCGUACUAUUCCUUCAGCUUCAUGAUUUUUUCUUGGGUGGUUCUGACCAUGAACUACCGUGCAACUUUCAUCACGACCACCUACAACUGGGUCUUUGUCGCAUCACUUGGUGUGUCUUUCUUCACAUAUGUGCUCUUUGUGGUCCUGUAUUCCGACUUACCCAGCUUCUUCCCGGAAGUGUAUGGCUUGGCAUUCCAUGUGACGCAAAGGCCGCUUUUCUGGAUGGGCACGCUGGCAGUUCCACUUCUGGCAAUGAUGAUAGACAUGUUCAAGGCGUACUUGAUGUUGGAGUUCUUCCCUGAUACCAGGGAUUUGAUCCUUGAGAGAAGUGUCAAGGGAGGACUCUCUGGUCAAUUGAGAAAGGUGAAAAGUGAGAUCUUGCCUCCAACGUCUAGCCCAAGCCGCUCCAUCUUAGUUCCAAGGAGCCACUCUUGGCAACCGACUCCCAGCCUCAGCUCCUCAUUCGCCUUCAGUUACCCUGAAGGUACCAAGAAGACCAACUUGAGGUCAAUGGGGAGUCGUUCGCACUUCAAACGGGACACGUCCUUCUUGGAUCAAGUGGAGCGGCAUUUGGGAGACACCUCUGUCAUCAGCUCCGGUGAUGAUUCCGACGCUGCAAGUACAGCCAGCACUGCAAGCGUCAAGUUCAACCGGCCGAGCACGACACCCUUUGCUCAACAGACAAUGAAAUCCGUGCAGUUUGUUUUGGAUUGGAAGGUGGUUUUCGCAUCCUCCAGCGCUAUUGGUUUGCUGUUCUUGUGCAUGGGACUGGGCACAUUGUUUGUGUCGAUCAGUGCUUCUCAAAUACGGAUCUUAUAUGAUGGCCCCCAUGAGAAGAUCAAGGCACGCAGCAGUUCCUGGGCGUUUAUGGGUCAAAAUAUGGUCCUUCCCUGCCAUGCACCUGGAGAAUGCACAUAUUCCCUGGAGCUGCCAGCAGACCUCGAACCGCCCAUCCAAGUGUACUACGAGGUGAAGCCUUUCUGGCAGAACUACUUUUCAUAUAUGAGUUCUGUGGUACACCCGCAACUUCAUGGACAUAUGGCGCCAGAAGAAGCGUCCAGACGCUGCUCAAAGGAAUCCCGUUGGACUGCAUCUGGAGAAGAGAUUUUUCCAUGUGGACUGAUUGCCACAUCUGUUUUCAAUGAUACUUUUGAGAUCCAAGACGUUCCCAUCGAUACCGAGUCAGAGCAGAUGCCGGUCUGGAGAAACUUUCAGAACCCGCCCGAGUAUUUGAAGAAGCCGAACAUCUCCUGGCUUUAUGAGCGCUACCCAACUACUACCAGCAGAGAGCUGGGGGUUCAAAGCAAGCGGUUCAUUGCCUGGAUGUUGCCCAACUUCCUCAAUCGAGCAAGCAAGCCCUAUGGAGUAAUCUCCACGCCGCUCAAGAAAGGUCAAAUCGUUGAUUUGAAGAUCAACUCCAGAUUCCCUGUGGCAGCAAGUGGAGCCUGGAAAACAGUGUUGCUUACACGCGGAACUCAAAACUACGUCCUGGCAGUGGUACUUUUGGUCAGUGGUGGCCUUUGCUUCUGCUUGGCAUGCGCGGUUUGGUCCAUCCACCUGUUUUGCGCCAGAGAACUGGGAUCUGCCCGCGGGCGCCGGCGCUCAUGGCCACGAUGGCAACGUUGGGAGGAGCAGUCACAAACGUCUUCGGGGUCAGAAUCCGCAUGAGCUGCUCGGUGGUUGCGGGCGAAGUCCGGCCAAAGAGCCCCACGCAAAGAUCGUGGGUGCAGAACACCCCGCCAAAUCAUGAGCAUUGGAAUGACAGAACUUGAGCGGAGAACUAGUUGUUGCUCCACAAUCAA